AUGCGUGGCUCACAUCUGCUCCCGAGGCAACUUCGGGCUUUGGGAAAAAGUGAUGGGUGGCUGAAUCGCACUGUCACUUCCAAUCUUCUCGCCCUGUCGCAUACGGCUUGCCAGCACCCUAUUCACACGAUCGUCAUCAUUGCAUUGCUUGCCAGUACUUCGUACGUUGGACUAUUGCAAGAGAGCCUAUUCGACAGUGGCGUCAAGUCGCUCCAGCACAAUGGCCGUGUCGAUGUUGACUCUCUCUUACAAGGAAGCCGAACAUUGGAACUAUCGAAACGUACUCUAUGGAAAUGGCAGGUUUCUGAUGAUUCCAGUGUACCAGAAUCGUCCUUGGGCGCUCACCAUUAUGCUCUGAGCACAUUUAUUUUUCCAGACUCAUCCACCUCUCAAUCCACCCCAGAUGCUCAUUCUGUUCCUGUUCCGGCCAAUGUCACCGCCACUAAUGUUCCAGCUACUUCAAAUCUCCUCUCGCCGAUAUCGCACGACACUUCUUUAGCCUUCUACACUUCUUUCUCCGAGAUCGCUGACUUUCUACGAGCGGUUCAGACUUUACCAGCACACCAGACCUCCCUGGACAACGACCAGACACUGUGGAUAAUGAAAGCCGCUCGUCUGAAUGGAAACGGUUCUCGUGGGGCCUAUCGAACAUGGCUCAGUGAAGGCUGGUCCUCAUUUGUCGACUUGGUGAAGCAUGCAGAGACCCUGGACAUUGUCAUCAUGGCGCUAGGCUACUUGUCCAUGCACCUGACCUUCAUUUCCCUUUUCCUUUCCAUGAAGCGUCUUGGCUCAAAUGCUUGGUUGGCCAUUUCCGUUUUGCUUUCUAGCCUGUUUGCUUUCUUAUUUGGACUGGUCACGACCACUAAGCUGGGAGUUCCAAUCAACAUGGUCCUCCUGUCCGAAGGACUACCAUUUCUGGUGGUGACAAUUGGUUUCGAAAAAUCCAUCAUUUUGACCAAAGCGGUCUUGUCUGCCUCCUACGACACCAAAAGACGCCCCCAAGAAAAUGGGGGUACAAAUGGUCACGCCAUCGGACCCACCUCCAAUCUACCACACUCGAUCCAAGAUGCCAUUCAGAUUGCCGUCAAAGACACGGGGUUUGAGAUCGUUCGGGACUACGCCAUAGAGAUCACUCUCCUCAUUCUGGGUGCGGCUUCCGGAAUUCAGGGAGGCCUCAGGCAAUUCUGCUUUUUGGCUGCCUGGAUUUUGGUGUUUGACUGUGCACUUCUGUUCACCUUUUAUACCACAAUCCUGUGCAUCAAACUCGAGAUCAACCGAAUCAAGCGACACGUGGCACUCCGCAAGGCCCUCGAAGAAGAUGGAAUCAGCAACCGAGUAGCAGAGAACGUGGCCACCAACAAUGAUUGGCCCAAUGGUCAAAGCGAUGCGUCUGGAGGCUUUAAUAUCUUCGGCCAGAAGAUCAAGGCCAGCAGCGUGCCCAAGUUCAAGAUAUGGAUGGUCACUUGCUUUGUCAUCAUCAACGUGAUUAACCUCUGCACCAUUCCAUUUCGCACUACACAAAACAGCAAAUCCUCUGGAGCUACGAUCCCCAGUGUUCUUACUCCAUCGCCCAUCGACCCUUUCAAGGUUGCAGAAAAUGGUAUUGAUGCGAUAUACGUCACGGCGAAAAGCAAGAAAAUAGAGACCUAUGUGACUGUGUUACCACCCAUCAAAUAUGAGCUCGAGCAUCCUGCAUUAGAUGCUAGCGGUUUAGGAGAUGAACUUGGAUUUUUUGACUACCAAUAUACCGAUCAGCUCUUCAACGUUGUUGGUGGCCGGGUGAUUGAGGGUGUCCUUAAAAGCCUUGAGGAUCCCGUCCUCAGCAAAUGGGUAUUGAUUGCGUUGACACUCAGUUUGAUUCUCAACGGCUAUCUCUUCAAUGCAGCAAGAUGGAGUCUGAAAGAACCGCAAUCCACGACACCCUCGCCAGGUGGAGCUGCUAGGGUGCCUCAACUCGAACUACCGACAACACCCCGACCGAGACCUGCUAAGCCUGACCUCCCAGCCGGCUCCACCAGAUCACGGGCGGAGUGCGAGCAAAUGCUCAAGGAGAGACAAGCUGCUUACCUUACUGAUGAGGAGCUGAUCGAUCUGUCGCUGCGAGGCAAAAUUCCAGGAUAUGCAAUCGAAAAGACAUUGGAGAACCCAGACGUAAUGACACGCCUGGAGUCUUUUGUCCGUGCUGUCAAAGUCCGGAGAGCGGUUGUGUCACGAACACCAGCUACGAAGAAUCUUGCAUCGGGCUUGGAGAGCUCGAAAACUCCAUAUAAAAACUACAACUACGAGCUUGUCCAGGGUGCUUGCUGUGAAAAUGUUAUUGGAUACCUUCCCCUGCCUCUAGGUGUUGCUGGACCCCUUGUCAUUGACGGACAGCAAUAUUUCCUCCCAAUGGCCACCACGGAAGGUGUGCUGGUUGCAGGUGUCAGCCGUGGAUGUAAAGCGAUCAAUGCCGGAGGCGGUGCUGUCACGGUUCUCACCGGUGACGGUAUGACUCGUGGUCCUUGUGUUGCAUUCCCCACACUUGCACGAGCAGGCGAGGCUAAAGUCUGGCUCGACUCGGAAGAUGGACAGCGUCAAAUGAAAGAUGCAUUUAAUUCUACAAGUCGUUUUGCACGUCUCCAGUCAAUGAAGACUGCCAUGGCCGGAACUUACCUCUAUAUUCGAUUCAAAACCACUACCGGAGAUGCUAUGGGAAUGAACAUGAUCUCCAAAGGCGUCGAAAAAGCACUGUCCGUCAUGUCAAUGGACUGUGGUUUUGAAGACAUGAUCACUGUUACCCUAUCGGGUAAUUUCUGUACCGACAAGAAACCAGCCGCGGUGAACUGGAUUGAUGGCCGUGGCAAGGCAGUUGUGGCCGAAGCCAUCAUACCAGGCGAUGUGGUCCGCAGUGUGCUCAAGACUGAUGUUGACACGCUUGUCGAACUGAAUAUUGCUAAGAAUCUGAUUGGCAGUGCAAUGGCUGGUAGCAUUGGUGGCUUCAAUGCCCACGCAUCCAACAUUGUGACGGCCAUGUACCUUGCUACAGGUCAGGAUCCUGCUCAGAACGUGGAGAGUUCUAACUGUAUCACCAUCAUGAAAAAUAACCGUGGCAGCCUACAGAUCAGUGUGUCGAUGCCCUCAGUUGAGGUUGGCACGAUUGGUGGCGGCACAAUCCUCGAAGCACAGUCAGCUAUGCUCGAUCUGCUUGGUGUGCGCGGCUCACACCCUACCACACCGGGUAACAAUGCCCGGCAGUUGGCAAGAAUCGUUGCAGCAGGCGUCCUGGCUGGUGAAUUAAGUCUCUGCGGAGCUCUUGCUGCAGGGCAUCUGGUAAGAGCUCACAUGGCACUCAACCGAAGUGCAGUCCCCACUCGGAGUACCACACCUGUGUCUUCGGCAGUCGAGCCUUUUGUACGCGCACAAGCAGGGUCAAACCUCCCUGCGUCAUUGAAGAUGACCAAUGGUCGAUGA